UUGUGGGAAGCUCUGACCCCCGCUGUGCCUGGGGCGGGCUCACCCACGGAGGUGACUGUUAAUACAGCGCUGAGUGCGAAGGAGACCCGAGAAAAUGGGCCUAUUCUGUCUAGUAACGUUUUACCUUCUGGUGAGGGUGUGGGGAGAGAAGCUUUGGCAGGGUCAGUGAGGCCCCGCAGCAGAGCCCUGGUGAUGAAAGACACUUUUGUAUGGUACCCGAAGGCUUAACUUCACUCCUGAUUGUGAGUGGAUUGUGUGUGGUAGUGGUGGAGCCCUUGCAGAACCACCAGAGAGACGGUGCUAGUUGUGUGUGUGCCUAUGUAAACCUACAAUAGCUAAGGUCAUCUUUUGAAAUGUAGAACAGGGAUUGCACAUUGACUUUGCGCUUCAAGUAUUUGCAGGUUAUUACCUUAGUUUUUACUCCCUUUGUGCGUGCCGUGAUUAUCUUGGUUUAAACUCGUACGUGGCAAAAAAAUUUUUAAUGAAUGUUUGUUUCUGUGAAAAUUGUGUAUUUCUCAAAUUGUAUUUUUUGGCUUUUAAUAGGGUCACUUUGUUUUCUGGGUCUCUGUUUUGACUUAUGGGAAAUGCUAUUUGUUUUCUCUACAUUUUCUUCAUUAAAAAAAAACCUGUAACUUCAGGAGUUCAAGACCAACCUGGGCAACCUCAUCCCUGGAGGAGGGGGGAACCCCCACGAAACCACAACUAUAACUGGCUGCUACUUAGGACUAUAGGAGAUCUUUUUUCCAAAGUGGAAAUAGCUUUAUUUCACCCAGAUUAUGUUUAUUUAAAAUUUCAGAUAAUAUAUAAAGCUGUAAAAAGUAAAGCAAAAACUACCUGUACUUGUCCCAUCCAAAGAUAACUUCAUAGAAUAUUUGAUUAUCUACUGUGGUGCUAGGAGCUCUGUUGGACACUGGGGACUUUGGUGAACAGACAAUGCCUGCCUCUAUAAACCUUACAUUCUGCUGGGGAAAAUAGAUCUCUCCCAACCCACCAAAAAGUAAAUUUAUAAUAAUUCCAUGUUCUAAUGCUUUAAAGAAAACACUUGCAGCGGGGUAAUCAGAGGUUUAUCUGAGUGGAUGACUUAAAUAGAUGUCACUAAAGGAACAGAAAGAGCUCAACCAUGGGAGGAAUGGGGAGGGAAAAAAAAGAAUUCUGGUCAGAAAUAACAGCACGCACAAAGGCCUUAACAGAGGAAAAAGCUAUAAAAAGAAAAAUCCAUGUAGCUGCCACUCAGUAGUAAGUCAGGGAAAAGUAGAGCAAGAUGAGGUGUAAGAAAUUGGCAGGGACCAAAUUUUACUUGUCCGUGGCCAGGAGGGUGUGUUUUGUGUUCUGAGGGCAGUGAGAGGGUACUGAGGGGCUUUAAUUAGAAAUAAAGUGAUCUGGAAAACUAAUUGAUUAAUUUGUUAAGUAAAUAUUUAUUGACACCCUACUGUAUAACAGGCACUGUUCUGAGCACUGGCAUACAACAUUGAAAAGGACAAAGCCCUGUAUUCGUGAAACUAAUCUAGUGGUUGGAGGACAAUCAGAUAAACAAGAAAAAAUACCAGAUAUUGAUAAGUGUGCAGAAGAUGACCAUUGUUUAAAUUGUGGUUUAUAUUCUUUAAGAUAUGGUAUAUUACACAUAUACAUCUUUUGGAACUUUCUUUCUCCUGAAUAAUUUAUGGUAGGACAUUUUUCACUGUUACUAAAUAGUUUUCUUUGGGGGCAUCUUAAUUUGUUUUUGGAUUAAGUAUGGUAAAAAAUAGCAUGCAUAAAUGAAGAAAUACUGUGCAGCAACAAAAAUUUGCAUGUUACAAAGCAUCUGGUGAACGUUAUAUAGUAACUUCCUUUUGACAGUCUGACAUGUGGCUCUCCUACCCCGAUCCCAGAACCCAGCUGCCCCUUUGUGGUUUUUUAUUUUGACCUAUUAGUAUGGUUAAAUUUAUGGAUUUACUAUUUAUUGAACCAUUUUUGCAUCUUGGAAUGAGCCCUAAUUGAUCUGUUAUUAUUUUAAUGUCCUGAUGGAUUUACUUUGCCAAUGCAUAUAUUUAGGAUUUUUAUAUAAAUAUUCAUAAGAGAUCAGUCUAUACUUGUUGUUUUUUAAUGUGUUUUGUCUAGUUUUGGUAUUUGCAUCUGAUUGCUUUGUAAAAACAAUUGAGAAGUUUCAUUUCUUUUUCUGAGUUUCGGAACAGAUUAAAUAGCCAAGUAUUAUUUAUUCUUCAGUUACCAAAUUCAUAUUUACUAAACACUAUGUGCUAGGAAUUGGACUGGGUGCUGAGUAAUCAGUAGUAAACAAAACAGAUAUGGUUCCUGCCAUGAUAUUGCUUGGCUCAUUAAGGAAAAUGACAUUAAUGAAGAAACUACACAUAUGUAAUUAUAAAUCAUGCAAGAAAAGGACAGGAUGCUUUGAGAGAAUAUCAUUGAAGAUCUUUAGAUUGUGCUUUUUAUGCAUUUGAGUAAAUGACUGUUGAGUACAUACAUAUACACUAAUAGCUAAUUAUUUAAAUUAGUAUGUAUUGAUUUGGUGUGUAAUUAGGGCUGUGGUGGGUGCAUUAGUAAAAUGAGGUCUUCAUAAUUACACAAAAUAUAAAAUAAUGGCAAUAGUAGCUACCAUUGUAGGAGGUAUCUGCAUCAUUUUUUAAUGGUAGAAAUUAAGACAGGUUAAGUAGACACUUUUAGUCUAACAUGUUCAAUUGUAUACACUCUUUGGAAGUCUCUCUUAAGAUUAUAGUAAAAGAAUAAGGAUAUAAAUCCACAAAGAUCAAGAGAAGGUGAGAGGAAGAUAUAGCUGAAAUCAGUAUUUGGGAAACUAGAAAGGAGAUGGGCAAGUAGUAAAUGAUUUCAUGAAUUAGAGAAUGCUGAAAGCUGAAGAGAGGUAACCCAACAAGGAGUAAGCAGAUUCUUUCCACAGAAUCUGGAAAAGUUUUAGGAAUUGGGGGUAUCAAGUACAGUACUUCUGAAGUCAAGAAUUACAGGAUGGGGUGGGAAUAGAAGGGUUGGUUGAUGGUCUUUAUCAUUUUUGAUACCCUGGAACCCCUUCUCCACUCCCACACACCCAGACAACUACUCUCUCCUCUACCUUGACAGAAGACUGAAGGUUUAUACCCAGGAGACAUUAACUAGGAGGCUCCAGAUGGCUAAGGUGGGGGUGAAGCACCUAAAUGAAAAUGAGGAUUGAGUGAAAGUCAGGUCAACAUGCUGAACCUAGAGUGGUUGUCUUUUUUUGAUUGGCUUCCAAACUAUCAGGCUUACAUGCCCCUCAACAAAAUAUUAACAGAUUCUUAGCUGGGGAAACUUACCAGCCCAUGGCAAAGUAUUUAACAGAUAUGAACUAUGGAAAUUCACCCGAUUGAACAGUUGGAUCCAUCAGAUCACCUGGAGAGUACAGCCGCUGGUCAGGAAGCAUUGUUCACAUACCACAGCUUCUAGUCAACUUUUAUUUCAUUUUUUGAGACAGGGCCUCACUCUGUCACCCAGAUUGAAGUGCAGUAGCGCCAUCAUAACUCACUAUAGCGUGGAACUCCUGGGCUCAAGCCAUCGUGCCACCUCAGCCUCCUGUGUAGCCGGGAAUACAGGCGUAUGCCCCCACGUCCAGCUGAUAUUUUUAUUUUUUGUAGAGAUGGGGUCUCACUAUGUUGCCAGGCUGGUCUUCAACUCCUGGGCUUGUGAUCUUCCUGCCUUGGCCUCCCAAAGUACUGGGAUUACAGGUGUGAGCCACUGGUGCCUGGCCCUAGUCAGCUUUUAAAUGCCUCACAUUUGAGUAUAAAUGUACAGCCAAGGGUCGCCUGCCAUAGGAUGAAAGUCUCUAAUGAAAAAGAGACCAAGUAGGAAAUAAAAGGAGCUGAGUAUAAAUAGAUUUACUUCAGGGAACAGAAGAAACUUCAACAAAUAAAACUAGUAUCUUUAAAGAGAAGAUAUUACAUCUGUGAAAGAUGAAAAAGUUUAUAUAAAAAAACUGCUGCGACAGAAGAAAUUUCUUAAAAAUUUAAUACAAGGUUUAGAUAAUAAAGCUGAAGAAUUCUCCCCAAAAAACCAGAAGAGCACAAGAAUUAGAAAAUAAGAGUGAAAUGAUGAGAAAAUUAGAGGGCCAACCAAGGAGGUUCUUCAUCUAAUACAGUGGAAGGAAACUAUCUGUGUCCCAGAACUGAAGAGGGUGAGUUUCUAGGUUGAAAGGGCCUGUUAAGUGCCCUGAUCAAUAAAACAGAAACAAACAAAAAAUAAACAAAACUUCAUUGUACCGAAUGUAUAGUUCCAAAAGGAACAAGACCAGAUUGAUUUUCUUCCUACUUCUGAAAAGAAGAAUGGGGUCAGAGAACGAGGUGCUAGCUCUUAAACUGCAUUUUAACAAAUUCAGGGAAAAAGGAAACCUUCUUAACUUCAAAUUGUAUGCAAGUGCUGUUAGGUAUCCCCAGUGGGAAGUUCCAACAGUUCUGUGACAAAGAUAAAGUUGCGCAGAGGAAGCAUAUUUCAGGUCUCUCCAGCAACUUAUUCAUAUCCAGAAUCAGCCCUAUCCAAAGAGAGAAGUCUCGUAUACCUGGCUAAGACUGAGGAGCCAUAUGGUAUCAAGGAAGGAGAAAGCAGAAUGAGAAAGUGCCUGGGUGGGGCAUGGGGGAGGCAGAGAUCUUAGUGCUAAUAAAAUACUCCUAGAAAUGAGUGCAUAACCUUGGAAAGCAAGGGUUGUGUCUCUAAGAGGCAAGCAGAGCUGGCAAUAAAGGCCCUCCUGAACCAGAUUACAUUUGGAGAUUAGAUAAGGAACAAGGCACCAUAUUAUAAAACAGCAGUCCUCUGAUUUAGGAACAGAGGGAACCCUAAAGAAACAUGACAAGUGCCCUACCCCUCCCUACACCCUGAAUCUUCUGAUAACAGUCCAGGAUAAUUCAUCUUAUUCAGACAUGUAUAACAAAAAUAGUAUGUACAGCAUCCAUACAGUGACUGUCUGGUAGAUGGUAUUUUUUAUGUUUUAUGUUUUUUGUUCUUUUAUAUUAUUUUUAUUAUUGAAGAUAUAAUUCACAUGCCAUAAAAUUCACCAUUUUAAAGUGUACAGUUGACUGGCUUUUAAUUUAUUCCCAAGGUUGUGCAACGAUCACCACUACCAAUUGCAUUAUUGACCCUAGUGCUUUACUUUUCCUUAUAUUCACUCCAUGACCCUAUGCAGUUCCUUUCAUUAAAGUGACAGAGAUAUUUCCCUACUCCUUGACUUUGUGUUUGGCUAUGUGACUUGCUAAGGUAAAAGUGAUACCAUAUCAGUUUCAAGCCUAAGCCUUAAGAGGCCUUGGGUAUUUUUAUUUGUUCUCUUUCUAUCUGUGCCAUUUCCAUGAGAAAAACAUGUCUGCUAGCUCAUUGGUUGAGGGAAGAUGAGAGAUAGGAGAGUGAGGGCCACCCCAGCUGAGUUAAGCUGAAUUCAGUGAACACUGUAGAGAUGUGAGUGAUAAAAAAAUGAUUGUGGUUGUAAGCCAGUGAACUUUUAGGAUGGUCUGUUAAUAAACAUUAGUUAACCGAACAGUUAUAUGAUUAAAAAUAAAAAAAGAGAGAGAAAAACCACAAUUUUCUACAGACGAUAUUUUUCAAAACAAUAUUACCAGAAAAUAAAUCACAAGUGGUCAAGCUACUGCCUGUGGUCUUGCCUAUUUUUGUAAAUAAAGUUAUAUGGGGACAUGGUCAUUCCCAUUUAUGCAUUUUCUAUGGCUGUUUUUAUGCUCUACCGGUAGAGAUGAGUAGUUGUGACAGAGACCGUGUGGUUCAUAAUCCUAAAGUAUUUAUUUUCUGACCCUUUAUGAAAAAGUUUGCUGACAUUUUGAAGUAGAUGGAAAAUGUGACCUAAGGUUUUAAUACAAAUUUUAAAAUAAAUUUAUAUACCACAUCAUACCCAUUAAGAUAGCUGUAAUCAAAAAGACAGAUAAUAACAAGUGUUGGUAAUGCUGUGGAAAAAUUGGAACCUUCUGUAUACUGCUGGUGGGAAUAUAAAAUGGUGCAGCCACUUUGAAAUCAGCCUGGCAGUUUCUCAGAUGAGCAGACACAGAUUUACUGGAAGAGCAAGCCGUUCUACUCUAAGGUAUAUACGUAAGAGAAAUGAAAACACGUUCACAUAAAAACUUAUACAUGAAUGCUCAUAGCAUCAUUAUUCAUAAUAGCCAAAAUGUAGAAACAACCCAAAUGUGCAUCAGUUGAUGGAUAAACAAAAUGUAGUAUAUCCACAAAGUGGAAUAUUAUUUGGCAUAAAAAGGUAUGAAAUAUUGAUAUAUGCUUUAACAUGGAUGAACUUCAAAAACAGGCUAAGUGAAAGAAGCCAAUCAUGAAGGACCGCGUGCUGUAUGACUCUGUUUAUAGGAAAUGGUCUGGAAUAGGCAAAUCUGUAGAGACCGAAAGUAAAUUAUGGUUUCCUAGGCCUAGGAACCAGUGAGGGGUGAGGAGGAUAGCUAAGGGGUAGAAGGUUUCUUUGGGGAUAAUGAAAAUACUCUAAAAUUGAUUGUGGUGAAGGUUGCACAAUUCUGUGGAUAUACUAAAAGCAAUUGAAUUGUACACUUUAUGUGGGUGAAUUGUAUGCCGUAUGAAUUAUAUCUCAACAUUGUAUUAGAAAAUAAAAUUAAUGAAGCAUAGAAGUUAUGGAGAAAUACUGGAAAGAAGAAAUACAAGAACUCAAGGAAGAGACAGCCAGACAACAGUAGAAUGUGAAAUGGGAACCAGCAGAAAAAAAGAAAUAGAGAAAAAUGAUCAAGCCAUUUCAGAAGUACACAAGGGAGACUAGACACCAUGGCAAAGAUCAUAAAAGUAGAAAUGAAAUUUUAUGCAUUUAUGACAUUAACAGAGAACAGGACUAUGUCAAGAAUUCUGACGGUAUACUUGGUGAAAAUGAAUUAAGACCACCCUCCCAGCUACAUUCUCUCUUAGAGAAGAUCGAGACAGGGUCCCUAUCAGAAAAGAUUUUUGAGACAGUGUCCUUGAGUUCAGACUCUGUCUUCCAGAGGGCAGUUUCACUCCUCCAUACUUCUUACUUGGACUCUUCAUCUGAGCAUGGUUUUCAGUACAGUCAAGUGACUUUGGUGAAAAAUGACAUUUUCUUAAAUGAGUACAAAACUUUUUACCAACAAAAAAAAGCAAGUAGUUAUACUCAGGAAGAACUUCAAGACACUUACGGGUUUCUUCUGUUUGAUACUGAAAAGCAGGCAAAAUUGGUAUGUCAGCGUGGACUCCGUGUUGGCAGCAGUGCUGUUACCACUCUGGGUGAUCCAGCCAAAGGUGUAUACAUUUCCAGAUACUCCGACUAUCUUCAUUCAAGACCAUGGUAUCAUGGGAAAUCUGGUUAUGUUGUAAUUUUUAAUAUAAUUAAGGGAAAAGUCAAGUUUGUGUCUGAGAAUUAUACAACUAACUAUACUAAGCCAUCUUCUGGCUAUGAUUGCCACGUGUCUGAAAAUACUAACAAGGUUUCUAACAAGACGAGUCAUUUUCGUGCCUUUGAACUGAGUCAGUAUUACUUUUACGAACUUUCAGGCAACACCGUUAUUGAACGACCCAGACAGAUCUGUCCUUAUGUAAUUGUAGCUUUUCGAUACAGGGAACCUAAAACUAUGGCACCACCAGCUCAUAAAAGCAUACUUGAACGCAGUGAAAAUGUUCUCAUGUCUCCAUGGAAAGGGAAAUUAAUUGUUCAAGACCGUAUGCUAUGUGAUAUAGCUCUUCGGUCCACUUAUGGUGCAAUGAUUCCAACACAGCUACCCCAGGAACUAGAUUUUAAAUAUGUAAUGAAAGUGUCUUCCUUGAAAAAAAGUCUACCAGAGGCUGCCUUCAGAAAACAGAAUUACUUGGAGGAGAAAGUCUGUUUUCAAGAUUUGUGCUUCAAUUUGUAUGAGGUAGAACUGUCAAACAGACAAGGGGAAAAUAUAGAUAAAUUAACAGAAUGUAUUAAAAACAAGCAAUUGGCAAUCAUCAAAUGCUUAGAAGAUCGAGGGUUUUUCAUUUUACUUACAUCAUCAGCCUUACUAUCAGAACCAGAUUUUGGAGGCAAGCAGAUGGGUCUGCAUGGGUUACAUUUAUUUCAUUCACCCCUGUCAACAGGGGUGAAAGAUUUGAAAGUUGAAGAUGACAUCUCAAUGAAGGUGAUACCUAUUUUACCUACCCUUAAUUGUGCCCUGCUAGAAACAAAGAAAUCACUUCCUGAAGAAAGAAUCCAUCCAAACACAUUAGUAAAGCGUCAUUUCCAAGAAUUGUACAAAGCGGACAGAAGCCCUUCAUUGAGUGUUGCUCCUCAGGAUAGAAUGAAAGACCCUACAUUCUUGGGGAAACUGCCCAGUGGUUUUGACUUGAUUCCUCCAGCUGAAAAGUGCCCUUCAGAGUCUUUAACUCAGUUGAACUCUUAUUUUUCAGACCCUAGUGCUUACAUUUUGGAAGUGUCUACUGCUUUGGACUUGUUAGCAGAGCAUCCUCAGUCUCCUUGUGUUUCAGAUGGAAUUUGUGAUGCUGGAUUUUCUUUAGUUAUGACUCCGGAUCCUGAAUUUCUUGUCUCAGAGGCAGAAGUGAGAAAAGAAACUGAAACAAAAAAGGAUUCUGAAGAAAUGUUGCAAGCAAAGAAGAGAGUUUUUCCACUGAGUCCAGCGUCAAAUCUGAGAGUGCAGCCUAAGAGGAAGGCCAGCAUGCCCCACAUGGUACAGAGUAAAAAGGUGAACUUGUGCCGCCCCUUUCCCAAAAGAACUGCUUCCAGAGCAGACAACAGCUCGGACUCUCCAACAACUCUUAAGUUAGUUAAAGGACAGUUUCCUCAGAAAAGAAAAAGAGGUGCGGAAGUGCUGACUGCACAGUUUGUACAGAAAACCAAAUUGGAUAGGAAAAACCAAGAAGCUCCUAUUUCUAAAGAUGUUCCAGUGCCAACAAAUGCUAAAAGGGCAAGGAAACAAGAGAAAUCUCCAGUCAAAACUGUUCCAAGGGCUAAGCCACCUGUGAAGAAAUCUCCACAAAAACAGAGAGUAAAUAUAGUAAAAGGCAAUGAGAACCCCAGAAACAGAAAGCAGCUACAACCUGUCAAAGGAGAAACUGCUUCAAAGCUUCAAUCAGAAAUUUCAAGAGAUGGUCAAGAAGAUGGGAUUAGCAUCAAUAGUGUUCAACCAGAAAAUACCACAGCGGCUCACAAUGAUCUUCCUGAAAACUCCAUCGUCAACUAUGACUCCCAGGCCCUAAAUAUGUUAGCCGAUCUAGCAUUAAGCUCUGCUACUUCUUCCACACCAGUAUCUGAGGCUAGAAAUCUUCACUGUUCCUCUGAAUUGCCACAAAAUGAUGUUUUGCUCUCUAAAGAAAAUUCUUUGCGAGGUACAUCUGACCAUGAAUAUCAUAGAGGAGUUAAAAGUCAAAAAGGUGAAUUACUACCUAACCCAUCUUCUGAUAGGAAGAGUAAUUCUGGAUCAGACUUAACUGUUAGCCAAGAUGAAGAAAGCUUGGUUCCUUGUAGUCAGGCCCCUGCUAAAGCCCAGUCAGCACUUACUGAGGAAAUGCUAGAAUCUUCAGAUGCAAGCCAAAGCUCUUCUGUUUCUGUGGAACAUUCAUAUGCCCUGCUCCUUACAGAACAUUCAAAGAAACAUCUACAGGAGAGAGAGAUACUAAGCCCUCUGUUUCCCAGGAAUGGGACAAAAAGCCCUGAAGCAGCAACCCCAGUGGGGAAAGUCAUGCCAUUUCGGCAUCAGCCCGGCCUUUUGCUUCAGCAAAAGCCUCCUGACGACCCCGUGGUGAAGCCCAACGAUCGACCAACGUCUGCCCGUGUGAAAAAAUCUUCUUGCUCUCGUAUAGUGUUUAGCUGUGAUGACUCCGUUAAGAUCACUUUCAAAUGUGAAACAGAAUAUGCAUUCAGUUUAGACAGCAAAUAUACCAACAACCCACUGGAGAAAACUGUAGUAAGAGCAUUACAUGGGCCCUGGAAUACUGAUUUGCCUGAUAAUGUGGAAGAAGUGAAGCUUUUACUUCAUAUGUGGGUAGCUCUGUUUUACAGCAAUCAGAACAAAGUCAUACGAUCUUCCCGAAAGGUUGUAGAACACAGCAACCCAGCAAAAUAUGUGUCUAUAAAUAGCACGUUAGAAUCUUGUGAGCUCCGUGAAAUUGAGGAGUCCCUUGGUUUGGUAAAAUGUUCUGCAGACCCUCUGUUGGAGACUAACGAAAUUUCCAGGGCUCAUGCUGCUGAAGUAUCCUUCCGUGAUCCUAACUGCUUGCUUCCUUUCAUUAAAACACCACUUACCCAAGGCUUGGAACUCUGUGUACAAAAUGAACAGAAAAAAACUUUUGCAAGAGAGUGUGAUCCAGACACCCAAGAAGACCAGAAUUUCAUCUGUUCUUACAAUAAUGAGGUAAUUGGGGAAGAAGCUAAACAAGAAUCAUUGGAGACUUCUAAUCUUGUGCUUUCGGGUAUUGGAAGUACACAAACUAAUGGACCUUCUGUUCCUAGUGAAGAAGAAAUUGUUCAGCCACUGGAUAGCACAAGAGUGGCUUCUUACAGUGGCACUGUUACUCAAGCCACAUUCACCAGGACUUACGAUGGGCCUGGCAGUCAGCCAGUGAUAUGUCAGAGCUCUGUGUACGGCACCCUUGAAAACAAAGUGGAUGUUCUUGAUGCAGCAAUGCAAACAAAAACAGGUACUUUACAGGACCUUAUCCAACAUGGCAGCCCCAUAAACAAUGAAUGUCACCCUUCCUUGGAAAGAAAGGAUGAUAAUAUGGGGUGUGCAGUGAUUAACCCGGAACCAGUUACUCUCACCUUUGAAAAAAAUGCACAUGUACCAAUACAGACAGAAGGUGUAAAUACAGCUGAUGAACCUACAACCUUUAAUAAGGAGUUGAUUAAGCAAGUAUCACCUGCUGCAAGCCUUAGACAUCCUGUAUCCACCUCGGAAAACGCACAAACACAAGGCCUGAGGGACAUUCCCUCUCUAGUAGUUGCAGGACAGAAAGGCACUAAGUACCUUUGUGCCUCCUCAGUAGGUAGAGAGACACUUGAUAAAGAAAUGUGUUCAUUACAGAAAGAGAUGCCUCUUCCAGUCUCUCUACCAUCUGGUAAAACAAUGGUAAUGGAGGCAUUAUCAUUAGUUAAAAGUUCUAGUUAUCUACUACCCAGUGAAGAAGUGAGAUGCACUCAGGAUUUCCUUUCACAGACUCAGAGUCUCCUCAGCCUAUCUUCAGAAGGGCUUCUAGAACUGACACAGGUUGAAGUGGACUCAUCAUCAGCCUCUACCACCUUGGGAAAGCAGUGUUCACUUAACUGCAUUUCAUCAGGAUGCCACACAUCAGGUGACUCUUUAGAACUAAGGAAGAAUCACAAGAAUGGUCCAAACACUGAAAAUAUGAAUUUGGAAGCGUUUGAUUCAGUAUUUAUCAAACAAACAAGCCUGUCUGUGAGUAGAGAGGUCAGCCUAGAGUUAUCAGAGGAAGAUUCUGACAUUGACUUAGCUCUAACAAUAUCACCACCUACAAGUCCCAGAGAAGAAAUGCCAGCUGGUGAAAUAGAGCAAUUUGAGGAGGCCCCAUUCUCAAAUUUAGAACUUCAGGAUGUAGCUGAGGAAAUAGGUGAACCGGAAGAGGUGGCUCUCACAGAAAGCAGAGAAGUGAAUUCUGCUGACAAUGUGUCAGUAUAUCCCUCAGUGUCAGAAGAACCAGUAGAAAAUAAGGAGAGAAAGGGGGAUAAUUUACAACCAGUUACUUUAAUACUUUCUAAAGAAAAUUGCACCCUUGAGAUUGCAGAGGAAAUUAAUGUGACCUCUGAUUUUCCCUUUGAUUCUGUAAUUGAGGAAGUAUCACCAGCUUCUAGUCCUGAACCUCCAGUACCAGUUAAAGAGACACGACCAUAUCAGGCUGUGACUCCAUGCAUUUUAAAACUUCAUGGUACACAGUGUGAGAAGAGCAACCAAAUCUCCCAAUGUGAGUCAGAAGACUUAGGCAUAACAGAAAAAGAAAAUGUUUUUGUUGGUCCUACCCAUCCAGUGGGGCAAGGUAACUUUACCCAGGUACAACAAAUGCAGGUCUCUGCUGAAAUGCCUCUAAUAUUAACUGAUCAUCCAGGAAGAACAGGUAGACCAACCCUUCCUGGUAAAGUAACUAAGGAAAUUGUCUCAAGUGAGCAUGAUGAGGGUAUAUCUUUCUCAGGAAAGGUGCAGUGCUAUGGUAGGGAGUUAAACCAGCCUGCCUCAGCUGCCAAAUGCACAGGUGACUUCAGUCCUUCUCCUGAAAAACUGGUAAAAUCAGGAAAUCCAUUGCAGCCAGUUAGUAUAGAGAACAGAAAUUUGGACUUAAAACAUCUUGUCUUGGAGUCCAGUGAACCUCCAUUUGGUCCUAGAAAUGUUAUUGAAAAUAAGUCUUUGUCUGACACAUUGGUUUCCACAACUGCACCAAGUGGUAUAGUGAAUGUGUCAGUAAAACAGCAGACUGGCCCUAAAAGCAGUCAGAACCAUCUCUUUCCCGGUGAUUUGAAAACAGAUGAAGGCAUUUAUCUGCAGGUGAAGUCCUUGACAGCUGCCUCGGUUGAUGGAGCUUAUUCUACACAGGGAUGCAUGUGCUCAGUGGUCCCCACGCUUUGUUCUUCCUCAGACAAUGCUAUAUUAACCCAUUAUGUAAGACCAAUAAAUGCAGAGCCAGCGUUUCAAGCACAGGAAAUACCAGCAGGCAGAAUGGCCAGUUUGCUCAAGAAUGGUGAGCCUGAAGCUGAGUUACAUAAAGAAACCACAGGUCCAGGCACUGCUGGCCCUCAGUCCAACACCACAUCUUCUCUAAAAGGUGAACGUAAAGCCAUCCACACACUGCAAGAUGUGUCAACAUGUGAAACAAAGGAGCUGUUGAAUGUCGGGGUUUCCGCCCUUUGUGCUGGUCCCUACCAAAAUACAGCAGACACCAAGGAAAACCUCAGUAAAGAGCCUUUGGCCUCCUUUGUUUCAGAAUCCUUUGAUACUUCUGUUUGUGGAAUAGCCACAGAGCACGUAGAAAUUGAGAACAGUGGGGAGGGGCUCAGGGCUGAGGCUGGUUCUGAAACCCUAGGCAGAGAUAGAGAGGUCAGUGUGAAUUCCGACAUGCACUAUGAACUCUCUGGAGAUUCUGAUCUAGACCUGCUUGGUGAUUGUAGAAAUCCCAAAUUCGAUUUGGAGGAUUCUUAUACUUUAAGAGGUAGUUACACCAGGAAAAAAGAUGUUCCCACAGAUGGCUAUGAGUCGUCGUUGAACUUCCACAACAACAACCAAGAGGACUGGGGCUGCUCUAGCUGGGUUCCAGGCAUGGAGACGAGCCUCCCUCCCGGGCACUGGACUGCUGCGGUAAAGAAAGAAGAGAAGUGUGUGCCGCCUUACGUCCAAAUCCGAGAUCUCCACGGGAUCCUCAGGACUUACGCCAACUUCUCUAUAACAAAAGAACUCAAAGACACCAUGAGAACUUCACACAGCCUGAGGAGGCACCCGAGUGUCACUGCAAACUGUGGCCUGCCCAGCUCCUGGACAAGCACUUGGCAGGUGGCAGACGACCUCACCCAGAACACUUUAGACCUGGAGUAUCUGCGUUUUGCACAUAAACUAAAACAGACCAUAAAGAAUGGAGAUUCUCAGCAUUCUGCCUCCUCUGCCAAUGUCUUUCCAAAGGAGUCACCAACCCAGAUCUCCAUUGGUGCUUUCCCUUCGACAAAAAUCUCUGAGGCCCCAUUUCUGCAUCCUGCACCUAGGAGCAGAAGCCCCCUUCUGGUAACAGUUGUGGAGUCAGAUCCCAGACCACAGGGGCAGCCCAGGAGAGGCUACACAGCCAGCAGUCUGGACAGCUCUUCCUCUUGGAGAGAGAGAUGUAGUCAUAAUAGAGAUCUUAGAAAUUCUCAAAGAAAUCACACUGUUUCAUUCCACCUCAACAAACUGAAAUACAACAGUACUGUGAAGGAAUCUCGGAAUGAUAUUUCACUUAUUCUCAAUGAGUAUGCUGAAUUCAACAAGGUGAUGAAGAAUAGCAACCAAUUCAUUUUCCAAGACAAAGAGCUAAAUGAUGUUUCUGGAGAAGCCACUGCUCAAGAGAUGUAUCUGCCUUUCCCAGGACGGUCAGCCUCCUAUGAAGACAUAAUCGUAGACGUGUGCACCAAUUUGCACGUCAAACUAAGAAGUGUUGUGAAAGAGGCUUGUAAAAGUACCUUCCUGUUCUACCUUGUCGAAACAGAAGACAAAUCAUUCUUUGUAAAAACAAAGAACCUUCUGAGGAAAGGAGGCCAUACAGAAAUUGAACCUCAGCACUUCUGUCAAGCUUUCCACAGAGAGAAUGAUACACUGAUCAUCAUCAUCAGAAAUGAAGAUAUAUCAUCACAUUUGCAUCAGAUUCCUUCUUUGCUGAAGCUGAAGCAUUUCCCCAGUGUCAUCUUUGCUGGAGUAGACAGCCCUGGAGAUGUUCUUGAUCACACCUACCAAGAACUGUUUCGUGCAGGAGGCUUUGUGAUAUCAGAUGACAAGAUACUAGAAGCUGUAACAUUAGUUCAACUGAAGGAAAUUAUCAAAAUCCUGGAAAAACUAAAUGGAAAUGGAAGAUGGAAGUGGUUGCUUCACUACAGGGAAAAUAAAAAGCUAAAAGAAGAUGAAAGAGUGGAUUCAACUGCACAUAAGAAGAACAUAAUGUUGAAGUCAUUUCAGAGUGCAAAUAUCAUUGAAUUGCUUCAUUAUCACCAGUGUGACUCUCGAUCAUCAACAAAAGCAGAAAUUCUGAAAUGUUUGCUAAACCUGCAAAUUCAGCAUAUUGAUGCCAGGUUUGCCGUCCUCCUAACAGACAAGCCUACUAUCCCCAGAGAAGUCUUUGAAAAUAGUGGAAUCCUUGUUACAGAUGUAAAUAACUUUAUAGAAAACAUAGAAAAAAUAGCAGCUCCAUUUAGGAGUAGCUAUUGGUGACUCAACUACAGCCUGCCUGGAUAUGGAUGAUCCCAAUAAAAAAUUAGUAUUUUCCCUUCGGAAAACUUGUGAACAUGUGAAUACACAUGUGAACACACAUGUGAACAGUCUUAUAUUUGAAAAAUCCAUGUUCUACAACUUGGAAAGUUUUCAUUUUUUAUAUUUUGCUGAAAUAUGUCAGUGGCAUUGUAGUUGUCUGUUAGCUUUGGGUUGCAGUGCUAGAUAUUGUUUUAAAUUAUUUUCAUUUUAAACAAGAUGCCUUCUAAGCUAUUGAGCUUAUUAAAAAUAAUUUUACAUGUUUACUUAGUUGGAGCAAAAAUAAGUCUAUUUUAACAAAUAGCUUUGUUUUUGCAUGCUAAUGUCAGAAAGGCAUACGAUGCACAUUAUGCUCUGUUUUAAAGGUUUUACCACCCUUGUAAAAACUAUAAUCUUAAAUGGUUUUAUUUGCUGUUACACAAACAACACUACAUAAAACAUUUUUUCCUAAAUGGUACAAAUUUAUAAACUAUCAUUUUUCACUUACGGUAUUUGUAAAUACUACACUACAAAAAUCAGCUUUCUGAGAAAGAAAUAAUCAUUUAUUUAUGAUAUUGAAAAUUUCUACAGUAAACACUCAAAACCAAGCAAAAAACAUUUGUAAGAUACACGGUAUCUAUUUGGAGCAACGGUUUUUGUAACUAAUGUGUUUCAUUUUUUAAAUAAAGACAACUAAAAAUCA